AUUGGAUAAUCAUUGAUAGAGAGGUAGCUUAAAAGACUAAAUAGGGACAGACACAUAACACCAUUUGUCUCUUCAAAGGUUCAUCAUGAGGAUUGAGGUCGCUCUUCAGCUGGGCUUCUGUGGCCUGUGUCUAACUCUGGCACUUCUUGGAGAAGGAAUGGGAGUGGAACUUCCUGAUCCACCAGCAGUAAACUGUGCUUGGAGCCGCUGGUCAGAGUGGAGUUCUUGUGAUCCUUGCACGAAAACCAGAAGGCGUUCUCGAGGUGUAGAAGUGUUUGGCCAGUUUGAUGGUGAGUCCUGCCAGGGAUCACUAGGGGACAAGGAAUUCUGUAUAACAGAUGCUGAAUGUGAGCUACCACCUCCCCGUGUGUGCUCCGACUCAGAGUUCCAGUGCGAGUCAGGUUCUUGCAUCAAGAAGAGAUUAUUGUGCAACGGGGACUAUGACUGUGAGGAUGGAUCAGAUGAGGACUGUGAUCCUUUGCGUAAACCCUGUGGUUCGUCAGUCCUGGAUAGCAAUGAGCAAGGAAGGACAGCAGGAUACGGAAUCAACAUCCUGGGUGCAGAUCCUCGAAUUAACCCCUUCAACAAUGAUUACUUCAAUGGGCAUUGCAAUCGAGUGAGGAAUCCAAACACUGGGCGGCACGACAGGCUCCCCUGGAAUAUUGGUGUGCUCAGCUAUGAGACUCUAGUGGAAGAAACCGUUUCUAGAGAAAUCUAUGAAGACACACACAGCCUCCUGAGGGAAAUGCUGAAAGAGAUGAGUGUUAAAGUUGAUGCCGGACUUUCCUUCAAAUUCAACCCAAGUGAGCCGUCCUUGUCCAAUUCUUCUCUAAAGUUGAAUUUAGAGCAUCAAUACGAAAAGAAAACAAUGAUUAAGGAGGUCUCAGAGUACUCCACCAUUAAGAACAAGAGCUUUAUGCGGGUGAAGGGCAAAGUACAGCUGAGCACCUACAGGAUGCGCUCCCGUGAGCUCCAAGUGGCCAGUGAAUUCCUGGAGCAUGUCAAAUCUUUGCCUUUGCAGUAUGAGAAGGGUAUUUAUUUUGCCUUCUUGGAGGACUAUGGAACUCACUACACCAAAAACGGGAAGACUGGUGGUGAAUAUGAGUUGGUCUAUGUUCUCAACCAGGACACCAUCAAGGAAAAAAAUCUGACAGAGAGAAAUGUUCAAGAAUGCGUCAAAAUAGGCAUCACUGCAGAAUUUGGUGGCACGGCUUUGACUGAUGGAGAAGCACACUUGAAACGUGACGAGUGUGAUAAUGUAACAACAAAAAACGCAGCUAGUGUUUCCGGAAAAGCAGUGGUGGACAAGGUGAUGACAUCAGUCAAAGGAGGUACUCUACAAAGUGCUGUUACUAUGAGGGCUAAGUUGAAUAAGGAAGGGGUGAUGGACAUCGCUACAUAUCAGCAGUGGGCCAGUUCCAUCGCUGAUGCCCCUGCACUGAUUAACAGUGAGCCAGAGCCCAUAUAUAUGUUAAUUCCAUCGGAAAUGCCAGACGCUAACUCCAGGAUAUCCAACCUGAAGCAGGCCACAGCAGACUAUGUAGCAGAGUAUAAUGUGUGCAAGUGUAAGCCUUGCCAUAACGGAGGCACUCUUGCUCUGCUGGAUGGAAAGUGUAUGUGCCUGUGCUCUCACUUGUUUGAAGGCAUGGCCUGCCAGAAUUACAAGGGUGAUAAAGCUAAAACCCCAGUAUUUCUGAUUUUGCAGGUACAAGACCUACUAUUAAUCCGGAAGGUAACUGGUCAUGCUGGUCUAGCUGGGCCAGCUGUAGCGGAGGGAAACGCACCAGGACACGCUACUGUAACACAGACGGGCUCCCUGGAGCUGUGUGCAGAGGAGACACCAACAGUGAAGAACACUGCUAGGCAGAUAAAUAGUCAUUUAACAGUCUCUCCCUCUCUCUGACACACACUGUACACACACAACUUAUGUUGAAAAGAUAAAAAUCUAAAGAUUUAAAGUCAAGUAAUUUUUGUCUUUACAUGCUUAGUUCGGAGAACAGAGCCAUCUUGAGGUUGGUAAUCGAUAACGCAGUUAAUAAACUUACAGUUUUUUUAUGUGUAGAUAGAUUUUUUGUUUAUUUGUGAUUCAAAUAUGUGGAGUUUUAGUAUACAGUAUCAAUUGUAAAUAUAUAUACACAUAUGGAUUUAGUAGAAGAUGAUCUCUGUGAAACUUAAAGAAGCCACUGCACACAAGUCUUCUGGAUUUUUUAUUUUUAUUUUUACAAAUGAAACACAUUUAAUCAACAGUAACAGCUACAAAACAAGUAUCAAGCAUAACAUGUCAAUAAUUUUAAUAAAGAUGUAGUGCCACAGUCCUCCACUCAAUACUGUAUACUGUAUAUACUGCAUUAUAUCAACACUAUUGCUGAUUUAACUGAGCCUUGUAAGUUCUUUUCAUUUCAGUCUUUGUCGCAACUUAAUGUUGCUCCAUUGUGAUACAAUAAAUCAAAUUAAAAGCAACUUCCCAAAAUCA